AUGUAUUAUCUUCCUUUUAUCACUCUUUUCUACUUCUUCCUUUCAUUUCUUCCUCUUUUAGCUUCUUCUACAUUACUCUUUCAGGGAUUCAACUGGGAAUCAAGUAACAAAGGUGGAUGGUACAACUCUUUGAAGAACACAAUUCCUGACUUAGCUGAUGCCGGAAUUACACAUGUUUGGCUCCCUCCUCCAUCUCAAAGUGUUGGACCUCAAGGGUAUCUUCCUGGAAGACUAUAUGAUCUUGAUGCAUCAAAAUAUGGAUCAAAAGAUGAACUAAAGUCACUAAUUGCGGCUCUCAAUGAUAAAGGAAUCAAAUCUGUGGCUGACAUAGUCAUCAACCAUAGAACAGCAGAGAGAAAAGAUGAUAGAGGAAUUUAUUGCAUCUUUGAAGGUGGAACUCAAGAUUCAAAGCUUGAUUGGGGUCCAUCUUUCAUAUGCAAAGGUGACACAACUUAUUCUGAUGGCAAAGGAAACGAUGAUACCGGAGAGGACUAUCAAGCUGCACCUGACAUUGAUCAUCUCAAUCCACAAGUACAAAGAGAGUUAUCCGAAUGGAUGAACUGGCUCAAAACCGAAAUUGGAUUUUCCGGUUGGAGAUUCGAUUUCGUCAAAGGUUAUGCUCCUAGUAUAACUAAAAUUUACGUGGAGAACACUAAACCAGAUUUUGCAGUUGGAGAGUAUUUUGAUGCAGAUAGAGGCAAACUUGCUAGCUGGGUUGAAGGUGCUGGUGGCGGUGUUGUUAGCGCAUUCGAUUUCUCCACCAAAGGAAUUCUUCAAGAUGCUGUACAAGGUGAACUGGGGAGGUUGAAAGACUCAAACGGAAAACCACCUGGAUUGAUCGGUAUAAAACCCGAAAACAGUGUAACAUUUAUUGAUAAUCAUGAUACAGGUUCAACUCAGAGACUUUGGCCAUUUCCUUCUGAUAAAGUAAUGCAGGGUUAUGCAUAUAUUCUAACUCAUCCAGGAACACCAUCAAUAUUCUAUGAUCACUUCAUUGAUUGGGGUUUGAAGGUUGAGAUAACAAAAUUAGCUGCAAUAAGACAGAAGAAUGGGAUAAACAUGAAAAGCAGUGUGAACAUUCUAGCAGCUGAUGGUGACCUUUAUAUAGCAAAGAUAGACAACAAGGUUAUUGUAAAGAUAGGACCAAAGAUGGACCUUGGAAAUCUUGUUCCGUCAAAUUUCCAUGUUGUUGCUUCUGGCAAAGACUAUGCUGUUUGGAAUGAAUAA